UCGACCCGGUUAAAGGACGUUUUUAUCAACAGUAAAGAACGAGAAGAACUAAUGAGUGCCUGUGCAAAAGGAGAUUUACCCAAAGUGGGUCUGAACCCUGAUCUCAUUCGUGAUUCCAAACUUCGCACACCUUUGCUUGUUGCUUGUGCAGCUGGACAAGCCGCUAUCGUUCGACAAUUGAUACGAUAUGGGGCCGAUGUGAAUAAUCCGAUAGGAGACAUUGUAGGCAAUAAGCCGUUAGAUUUAGCGGUCAUUUCAAAUGAUGUAGAUACAGUACUCGGAUUAUUGGAAGCAGGA